CGUGUAGUUUAUUAUAAAAUUUGGUUACAGCACAAGUCUACGGUCGGCCCAGUUACCGCCAAGAACAAGUGUAAUUUUUUUGAAGUGCACUAAAGUGUUAUGUAGCUGUACGUAGCCUAUGGUAAGCAAGUGUCUAGGCCAUUAUGUAUUUAUCUCAUUACCAACUGCCCACUCUCCCUCCACUGAAAACCCCUGUUCCACUGCCCCCCUAAUCCCUCCCAAACAACAUUUGACCCCACCAAGGCUUUGUGUUGAUUUCUCUGCUCAUCGUGCGUGCCUCUUUUCAUCAGCCCGACCUUCCCCUCCAUUGCGAUAGGGCCCACACUAAAAACACUACUUACAUCUCUCCCGACUCUUUCUUUCUAUUGUUGUCCUCCUAAACAUCCAUCGCAUCUACUUGCAAAACCUGAACCACGAGACCCUCCUAGGUGGAUAGCCACAUUCAGCGAUUCAUCUUGUCUUCGGAAUCUCAUUUGGUACCGGUGUAGCUCAAGCAUAUCGCCAAAAUGUCUCAAUCAGGAGCAACAGUCUCGCAGGAGUGCAUUACUGCCUACAACGACCUUAAGCUUGCGAAGAAGCACAAGUACGUCAUCUUCAAGCUGUCAGACAACAACCGAGAGAUCAUCGUCGAGGAGGCUUCUGAGGAUAAGGACUGGGAGACCUUCCGUGAGAAGCUCCUCAACGCUACCACUAAGACCAAGAGUGGCGCUGUAAGCAAGGGACCCCGAUACGCUGUCUACGACUUCGAGUACAACCUUGCUAGUGGAGAAGGCUCGCGAAACAAGAUCACCUUUAUCGCAUGGUCGCCCGAUGAUGCCAACGUUAUGGCCAAGAUGGUGUACGCCUCGUCGAAGGAAGCCCUGAAGCGCUCUCUCACCGGCAUUGCCAUCGAACUACAGGCCAACGACCAGGACGACAUCGAAUUCGACACAGUACUAAAGGUGGUCAGCAAGGGUCUGGCCGGCUAAGCGCCUCCAACCCCCGAGGCCCGAGAGCAGCUUGGGGCAAAGCUGCUAAGGAUCAUUACUUGAGGAGGGGCACUCGCGUGCCAAGGAUCCACGACGUCUACGAAACUGCAGGAUGGACAUAAACUCUCUCCCUGCCAUUACGAUGGAGUAGGGCCGCUUUGGUCGCUGUUUAUUUUUCCUUAGAGGGCAGACAUGAAUUGUCAAGCUUGUGAUGUUAGCCAUCGGUAUACACCGCACAACACAAAAGGUCAUAUUUGAAUGUAGAUUGUUCCUAUUGUGCUCUUUGGUCAGAUGUCUACGCCAUUAUUAAUUAUCAUUUUCACAGCUUCUCAAUACCCUUGUGCUCUGGUUUGGCCUGCUGAACUUAUUGAUUAUACCGGAUGGCUGGCUCUCUACUUAUAUA